UCUCUCUCUUUUGCCUCUCUUUGUGUUUGCAUUUUCUACUUUACCUUUCUCUCUCUCUCUCUCUCUCUCUCUCUCCCCCAAAUUUUACAAAUAAAAAACAUCUUCUUCUUUCUUCUUCUUGGUUUCAAUUUCUAUAGCUUCACCAAAGCUCCCAUGGCAAUUUUACCCACCACCUCUUCAAGAUUGGACCUCUCCAUCUCUGUGCCAGGCUUCAAUUCAUUCUCAUCACCACUCCCUCCAUCUGUCACGAGAGAUUUGGACAUGAACAAAGCUCCAGAUGAAGAGGAAUGGAUGAUGGGAAGUAUGGAGGAAGAUGAAGAAAAUAACAAUGGAAGCAUUAACCCAAGGAAGAAGUUGCGUUUAACAAAGGAACAAUCUCAUCUUCUUGAACAAAGCUUUAGACAAAACCAUACCUUAAACCCAAAACAGAAGGAGACAUUGGCAGAAGUUUUGAAAUUGAAGCCAAGGCAGGUUGAAGUUUGGUUUCAGAAUCGAAGGGCCAGGAGCAAGUUAAAGCAAACGGAGAUGGAAUGUGAGUAUCUAAAGAGAUGGUUCGGGCUAUUGACAGAACAAAACAAGAGACUACAGAAGGAAGUGGAGGAGCUAAGGGCAAUGAAGGUGGCGCCGCCGACGGUGAUUUCGCCGCACAGCUGCGAGCCGCUGCCGGCGUCGAAUCUCACUAUGUGUCCACGCUGCGAGCGCGUGACAACCACUGCCCUCGACAAGACCCGCAUUGUCGUUUAAGUUGGUCGGUCGCUGCUCCCCUGUUUUUUUUUUUCUCCACUCAUUCGGAAUCAUCACUCCAUCUAAUUAAUCAAAAUCUGCCUCUUUUUUUUUUUUUUUUUUUUUU